UGACUGUCAACAUCAAAAUACAUCACAAUUGCUCUUUCCUUUCUGUCGAAAGACUCGAAGCGAAAAAGUUCGUGACGACGUUUUCAAGCAUUUUCAAUUUGCAAAUUUUCCGUAGCUCCUAAAUUGAAAGUGCAUUACCACCAAUAAAAGUAAAAGAGGAGUAAGCCUAACAACAGCAGCAAAAUGCCUAAAAAUAAGGGAAAAGGAGGUAAAAAUCGUCGUCGUGGAAAGAACGAAAAUGAAUUCGAAAAACGUGAAUUGAUUUUCAAGGAGGAUCAGCAAGAAUAUGCACAAGUCACCAAAAUGCUGGGCAAUGGUCGACUUGAGGCAACAUGUUUUGACGGAGUGAAACGUUUGUGUCACAUUCGGGGGAAACUCAGAAAGAAGGUAUGGAUUAAUCAGGGCGACAUCAUUUUGGUCGGUCUCCGUGAUUAUCAGGAUUCAAAAGCUGAUGUCAUCUUAAAAUAUACACCAGAUGAAGCGAGAAAUUUGAAAACAUACGGUGAAUUCCCUGAAUCGGUACGCAUCAACGACACAGUUACAUUCGUCGAAGAUGGUUUUGAUGAAGACAUCGAAUUCGGUGAUGAGAUCAGUUCUGAGGAUGAUGCUGAUUCUGUAGACAAUAUAUGAUUAACAAGAAAUAAGCGCGAGUCUUCAAAUCAAAAAGAAGAAGAAUUAAGUAAAAUGGAAGUUUGAAAAGUUUUCAUUUCACAUAAAAAAAAAAUCAAGAAACAAACAGAUUAUAUAUUUAAUUCACUCUUUAAAUAGAAGUAAUUAAUUACAAAGCGAUAACAAUAAAUAUAAAAAUUCAAAAAA